GAGGGGGCCUCCUGGAUCACGCAGCUUAGUCAAGGGCGGUAAAAGCAGCAUCAAACUCCGACCUGGGAAGUGUUUUGUGCUCUGUAUGGGCCCCCCCGGGGGGUGAAGUGCUGCUUUUGGUGGUCUGGGGUGUUUAAGUGAGCCUGGUGUAAUGGUGCUAAAGGGGCAGCUUGAGAAUUCAGCAGGUGUCAGUAGUGGUUAGCAAUGCAUAGCCAGCUGAGAGAGAAACAGGCACUGGAUGACUGUAACCAAACAAUGUCUGUACCACGUGGAGCUGUCCAUGCAAAAUGGAUAGUAGGAAAAGUCAUAGGAACCAAAAUGCAGAAGACUGCCAAAGUGAGAGUGACAAGGCUUGUGCUAGAUCCUUACUUACUAAAGUUCUUUAACAAGCGAAAAACCUAUUUUGCUCAUGACCCAUUGCAGCAGUGUGUUGUUGGAGACAUUGUUCUUCUAAAAGCUUUGCCUGAGCGGAGGAGCAAACACGUGAAACACGAACUGGCUGAAAUUGUUUUCAAGGUUGGAAAUGUCAUAGAUCCGAUAACAGGAAAGCCCUGUGCAGGAACCAGAUUCCUUGAAAAUCUGUCAGAUUCAGAAAAUCUGACAGAGGCAGAUACAACCUAUCUAAGUGAAAAACUCCAGGAACUUAAAGUUUGUUCAUCAGACAAAUAGCAGAGAGAAUAUUUAAAUGGGUCUUUUCAGCUCAUCUCUGUCAGGGAUGUUUGGGGCCCUAUUGCUUUAUGUUAAUUGUUUCAGUGAAAUUUGUAGUCAAAAUAAAUAGUAAACAUAGUUGCUUCUAGUAACAUGUUACAGAUUAAAAAUUUGAGGUGCCUAUCAAAUGAAAACAUGGAAAAUGUGAAUUGUUACACUUAUUGUUGCAUGUAGUUUUGCCCAAAGUCCUGGCAGUUUCAGAAAGCCAGCUGUUCACUUGGAAUGACUCUUCAGUAUUGAGAAAAACAUAAUUAUUUUGUCUAAGUUCGGUGGGAGGGUCAUUAUAUUACUUGAUUGUUCUGUCUUUCAGGCAAUCUUUUGUGGCUUGUAGGCUUACUUAAACUAAUUCUAUUAAAGUGUUUGAAAGGAAGUAUAGAAAC